AUGUCUCCGGCAGCAGACUCUACUCCUCCAACGCCGGUCAAUGGCAAUGGAAACACCAAUUGGCAGGAUGACUAUAGCUUCCUGACCAGCCUCGAGGGUCUCCUCGGUGGCCCCGUCGGAGGUAGCACCAUCCCCGGUGCCUACCCCAUCACCAUUCCCGAUGGGUUUGAGCCUUUAACCCCUACAGACAACAAUGGCGGCAUCUCCAGCGCCCACGGCUUCUCGGGCGUUGCCGAUUGGAGAUUCGCCAACGGUCACACAAACGGCAACGGCACCACCGCCCAUACAACCUACCCCAGCGCGCCGUUCACCAACGGCGUCCGAGCUCCGCCAGCGGUCAACCCUCCCACCCCCGCUGCCGCCAACAGCACGACCACCAGCACCGGUCCCCACAAAGUCAUGCCCAUAGCCAUCAUCGGCAUGUCCUGCCGCCUCCCCGGCAGCAUCUCCAGCCCCGCCGAGUUCUGGGAACUCAUCGCUCGAGCCCGCGGCACCUGGUCCCCCAUCCCCGAGAACCGCUUCAACAUGGCGCCCUUCCAGCACCCCAACCCGGGCAAGGCCGGCACCCAUAACCCCGUGGGCGGGUGCUUCCUCAACACUGAUUUCAAGGCCUUCGACGCGCCGUUUUUCAGCUUGACCGAGAAGGAGGCCAUUUCGCUCGAUCCCCAGCAGAGGCUGCUUCUUGAGUGCUCGUUCGAGGCGCUUGAAAAUGCUGGCGUGCCGAAGCAGAAUAUUGUGGGCAAGGAUGUUGGUGUGUUCAUUGGUGGUUCGUUCCCGGAGUAUGAGUCGGCGUUAUUUAGAGAUACAGAUACCAUUCCCAUGCAUCAAGCGACCGGUUGUGCAUAUGCCAUGCAAUCAAACAGAAUUUCUCACUUCUUCGACCUCAGAGGUCCUAGUUUCACAACAGACACUGCAUGCUCCUCGAGUUUGGUCGCCCUCCACACUGCCUGCCAGAGCUUGAGGGCCGGCGAGUCUAGCAUGGCUUUGGUUGGUGGAUGCCAUCUUAACAUGCUCCCGGAGUUUUGGAUUUCAUUUUCAAAGUCUAGACUUUUCUCCGACCACGGUCGGUCAAUUUCUUUCGAUGCUAGAGGAACAGGUUUCGGCCGUGGUGAAGGCUGUGCCAUCCUCAUUCUCAAGCCUCUGGAUCAGGCUAUCAAAGACCGCGACUCCAUCAGAGCCGUCAUUGUCGGCAGCGGCAUCAACCAGGACGGAAAGACUCCGGGUAUCACUAUGCCCAAUGGGGAAGCCCAGGAGGCCCUCAUGAGGCAAGUCUACACCAACUCCGGCCUAGACCCUAACGACUGCGGCUACGUCGAAGCCCACGGAACCGGCACUAAAGUCGGCGACCCCAUCGAAGCCCGCGCCAUCCACAACGUUCUCGCCCAGAAGCGCUCGCCCCGCGACCCCCUCCUCAUCGGCUCCGUAAAGUCAAACAUUGGCCAUCUCGAGGGCGCCUCGGGCAUCGUGGCCGUGAUGAAGGCGGCGCUGAUGCUCGAGCGCGGCUUCAUCAUCCCCAAUCACGACUUCAAGAUUCCAAAUCCCAAGAUCCCUUUCGCCGAGUGGGGGAUCAAGGUCCCGCCGGGUCAGAGGCCCUGGCCCCGGAACAAGAAGUAUGUUAGCGUGAAUAACUUUGGAUUCGGUGGAACCAACGCCCACGUCGUGCUGGAGAGGGGCCCGUUCCUGGCUCAGAGGGGCCGAGACCGGUUGUUCGUCGAUAGCAAGCACGCGUUUUCCACAAACGGCCGGAAGCUCUUCAUCUUCUCUGCCAAUGACAAGGCUUCCCUGCAAAAGGUCACUAAGGAGCUAGUCAUCUACCUCGAGCAGCGGCCCGAGAUGUUCGAGUUGGACCUCAUGGCCAACGUGGCCUACACCAUCUGCCAGAGGCGCUCUAUUCUCCAGUGGCGCCUGGCCGUCCCCGCCUCCAACUCUUUCGAGCUGGUGGAGCAGCUCUCGAAGGAGCAGUUCACCCCCGGAAAGGAGACCGAGCCGCUUCGGAUCGGGUUCAUCUUCACCGGCCAGGGCGCUCAGUGGUGGGCCAUGGGUCGCGAGCUGUACUUCGACUACCCCGUCUUCCGGGACAGCCUUGACCGCGCCGAUACGUGCAUGACCUCCAUGGGUGCCAAUUGGUCCCUCAUCGAGGAGCUCGGAAAGGACGCUGCUACUUCUCAGGUUAACCAGGCACAUAUCAGCCAGCCAGCGUGCACAGCUAUCCAGCUUGCCUUGACCGACCUGCUCCGAUCUUGGGGUAUCGAGCCGUACGCGGUAGCCGGUCACUCCAGCGGAGAGAUCGCCGCCGCAUACGCCGCUGGUAUCUUGACCUUUGAUGCCUGCAUGACCAUCGCGUACCACCGAGGUCGCUUGAUCCCCGUCCUCAAGAGCAAGCACCCCGACCUCCGCGGCGCCAUGAUGGCCGUCGGCGGAAGCAAGGAGGAGUUUGCCCCGCUCCUCGCUGACCUCAAGACCGGGGAGGCGAGAAUCGCUUGCUUCAACAGCCCGUCGAGCUUGACCAUUUCCGGUGAUGAGCCCGCAAUUACCGAGUUGGAGAAGGUCGUCCAAGAGAAGGGCUUGUUCAACCGUCGCCUCCAGGUCGACGUUGCCUACCACUCUCACCACAUGAACCUCGUAGCCAAGGAAUAUCAGCAGGCGCUCCGCAACGUCGAGCGUCCUGUAUCCACAAAGGUCAAGUUCCACUCUUCUCUGCUCGGCAGGCUCGCCGAUGGCACUGAGCUGGAACCAAGCUACUGGGUCCAGAACUUGACCUGUUCUGUGCGUUUCGCCGAGGCUGUGGAUGACAUGGUCCAGCCCUUCGGCGAAUACAAGACCGGCGUCAACAUGCUCGUCGAACUCGGUCCACACUCCGCCCUUCAGGGCCCCGUAAAGCAGAUCCUUAAGGUCGCGGGCGCCAACGCCGCCAAAAUCCCUUACGCGUCUGCACUCGUGCGAAAGAGAGAUGCCGUGGAAACCGCUCUCGAGCUGGCGGCCAACGUCUGGAUGAAGGGCGCCACUCUGAAUUUCGAGGCCAUCAAUUUCCCCAAGCCUCCCGCAAAGCCACCUGUGCUGCUUACGGACCUGCCGCGCUAUCCCUGGAACUACCAGACGGAAUACUGGCACCGUUCGCGCAUGUGGGAGAAGCACGCCUCCCGAAGCGCCCCGCGAACCGAUAUUCUCGGGACUCUUGCCAACUACUCCAACGACCUGGAGCCCACCUGGAGGAACAUCGUUCGCUUGGAUGACCUUCCUUGGCUGCGUCAUCACCAGAUCCAAUCCCUCACCAUCUUCCCUCUGGCUGGAUACAUUACCAUGGCUUUGGAGGCCGCAACCCAAAGGGCUCAAGAGUCGGACAUCGCCUUCGACAAGUUUGAACUUCAAAAUGUCACUGUGUCCGCUCCCUUGGUACUUCCAGACGAAGAUGUGGAGAUGAAUAUCACCAUCCGGACCGUCGAGGAGAACGUCUGGGACGAGUUCCGCAUCUGCUCCUGGACCGCGAGCCAGGGCUGGAAGGACCACUGCAAGGGCCUCAUCGGUCUGCGGACCAAGGAAGUAAACAGCGUGAACGGUGACAAGUUGACCCAAGAUACCGAAGCAACUCUAAGGGCAUCGAUUGCCGAGAUUGAUGCUGCUGCCCAGAAGACCAUCGACACCACCAAGAUGUACGACAAUCUCUGGACGCUCGGUGUCGCCUACGGCCCGACCUUCCAAGGCAUCGAGAGCUGCAAGGCCGCAUCCGGGUACUCGUCCGGAACCCUCAAGGUCGCAGAUGUCGCCAAGGAGAUGCCCAACGGCCAUCUCGUCAGCCCCAUUAUCAACCCUUCCUUCUUGGAGUCCCUUAUCGAGAUGUACUGGCCCAUCCUCGCUUCGGAGACGUCAUCCGCUCUCGAUACCAUUUACUUGCCUUCUUCCAUCGGACGGAUGACUUUUUCGAAGGACGUGAUCCCGCUCAUCAAGGAACCUAACAGCACUCUCCAGGCGUACUGCCGUGGAAGCAUUUCUGCCUCCAAUCCCAAACCCGCCAAGGUUUCCAUGUUCGCAACCAUCGCCGAUGCGAAGGAACCUCUUAUUACCUUGGAAGAUCUGACGGUGGCCCCCAUCUUGGAUCGUAAAUCUCAAUCCAACGGAAACGCCGCGAGGGAACUUUGCUAUAAGAUGGAGUGGGAACCUAUCCUGAACCCCAUCCACCCCACGGAUGACUUCGAGAUGGUUGAGCCGCUAGAGUCCAAGCACACGACGGAGGACAUCGUCAUCAUCCACGGCGAUUCCGACCUCCAAAAGGACACCGCCGCGAAGCUUGCCGCGGACCUUGAAGAGGCCACCGGCAAGAGGCCCGAGCUCGGCACCCUCUUCGAGAACAAUGCCAGCGGGAAGAUUUGCAUCUUCCUCAACGAACUUGACCAGUCUGUCCUCACUACCGUCACUCCGGAGCAAUUCACCGCCAUACAGAAGAUUAUCACGUCCGUCCAGGGUAUUCUGUGGGUUAUCCGGGGCGCUCUCAGCGGGUGCGAGAACCCGGAUGCGAACAUGGUUGUCGGCAUGAGCCGCAGCAUCCGAUCUGAGACUCUCCUUCGCUUCGCAACUCUCGAUCUUGACUCCAAGACGAGGCUCUCCGAUGCCGACUCCUGCAAGGCUAUCCUCGAGGUUUUCAAGUCCGCGUUCGGGUGUCGCGCUAGUGCCAGUAGCGAGCUUGAGUUCAUGGAGCGUGGAGGUGCUUUCUUUACGCCUCGUAUUGUUAACGAUCCCGAGAUGAACGAGUUCGUUCACAGACAGACCAAAGAAGGUGUCCUUGAGCCGACCGCUUUCGGACAGGAAGGUCGUCCCUUGAAGAUGGUUGUCGGUGCAACCGGCGUCCUCGAGAGCCUCCAUUUUGUCGAUGACCAGAUGCGAAACUCCGAUCUCGCUGAAGACGAGAUCGAGAUUGAGGUCAAGGCCAUCGGCAUGAACCAUAGGGACGUCCUCGCCGUGACUGGCAAGCUUCCCAAUGAAGAGUUCGGGCAAGAGGCAAGCGGUAUCGUGACUGCCGUGGGAGCCGCCGUGACCGAUAUCCACAUCGGCGACCGCGUGGCCGCCCUAGCCAGUAACGCCCUUGCAAGUUACGCUCGCACCAAGUCUCAUCUCAUUCUCAAGAUACCUUCGGAGAUGACUUUCGAGUCCGCUGCCUCUCUCCCAGUCGCUUAUUGCACCGCGUACUACAGCGUCAUUGAGCUCGCCCGACUCUCCGAAGGUGAGAAGAUUCUCAUUCAUGCUGCAGCUGGAGCUGUCGGUCAGGCAGCCAUCGCGAUAGCGCAGAUGGUCGGCGCAGAAGUCUUCGCGACCGUCGGCUCGGCAGAGAAGAAAGAGCAUUUGAUCUCGAAAUUCGGCGUUCCGGAAAGCCACAUCUACUACAGUCGCGACGCCAGCUUCGUAGAUGCCCUCCGCCACCAGACCGGCAACAAGGGCGUCGAUGUUGUUCUGAAUAGUCUGCGCGGCCCAGUAGCGAGGGAAUCCUGGCGAUGCUUGGAUAAGUUCGGCCGCUACAUCGAGCUUGUCAAACAGGACGGUGCUAACACCGUCAACGUCGAGAUGACGCGCCUCCAAGAGAACAUCACCUUCGUCACCGUUGACAUGUUCUCCGUCAUCUCUGAAAGACCCAAGCUUAUCAAGAAGCUAGUGAGCGAAGUCAACAAACUCCUUCAAGAAGGAAAGGCUAAGACCCCGUCGCCGGCCAAUACAUUCUCCAUUUCUCAGACCGACGAAGCUUUCAAGACCCUUCAGGAGGGCAGCUUCUUCGGAAAGGUUGUUAUCGCUCCCAAGGCUGACGACACUGUCCAAGCUCCAGCCCAAAAGUUGAGCCAGCUCCUUCGGCCCGAUGCCACCUACGUCCUCAUCGGCGGUACUGGUGGAUUGGGUCGUGGCCUAGCAAAGUGGAUGAUCGGCCAAGGAGCCAAGAGCCUUGUCCUCGUUUCGCGCAGCGGAACCUCGACAGGAAAGGUUGCCGAACUGAUCGAAGACGCCAAGAAAGUUGGCGCGACCGUCACAGUCCGCGCUUGCAAUGUUGUUGACCGCGCUUCGGUCGACACGCUCCUGUCCACCGGUGUUGAGGGGCUCCCACCAGUACGGGGUGUCGUUCAUGGAUCCAUGGUUCUCCGCGAUGUCCUGUUCGAGAAGAUGACCCACGCGGAGUGGGUUGACGUCAUGGAAUCCAAGGUGCACGGCGCCUGGAACUUCCACCGUGCUCUAGCUAACCAACCUCUUGACUUCUUCAUUACCUUCUCCUCCGUUGCUGCGUCGGUAGGUAACAGAGGUCAAGCAGCGUAUGCUGCUGCCAACGCCUUCUUGAACGCAUUCGUGCAGUACAGGAGGGCUCUCGGUCUUGCAGCAUCCUCCAUCGACCCUACGGCAAUCUCGGACAUCGGAUACCUCGCAGAGAAUGCCGAGGCAGCCGCAGAAGUGGCCAAGAACUUGGGAAGUGACAUGAUCUGCGAAGCCGAGGUACUGGCCCUUGCCGGUGCCGCCAUUAACGGCCAGCUGGAGAAGGCAUGCAACAGCCAUGUUAUCACCGGCGUCCGCAUGACCCCAAGCAUGCAGCCGUUCUGGACGCAAGAUGCCAAGUUCAAGCACCUCCGGGAAGUCAUGGAGGCGCAAGCAGCCGCGGAGGCGACGGCUUCGUCGUCAACGGCCAUCUCCUAUAGCGCCGCGCUCAAGGCGGCCAAGACACCCGAGGAGAGGGAGGAGGUUGUCUGCAAGGGAUUGGUUUUCAAGAUUGCGUCUGUGCUGAUGAUGGAAGAGGAGGAGCUUGACAUUACGCGGUCGCUUUCUCACUACCCGCUUGAUUCCCUCGUCGCUAUCGAGAUUCGUAACUUUAUCACGAGGGAGUUCGAGGCCAACCUACAGGUCCUGGAACUGCUGUCGAGCGGGUCGAUUCAAACGCUGUCCAAGGGAGUUUGCGGGAAGAGCAAGUUGAUUGUCGUGUAA